GGCUGCAGUCCCACGUGUUGCCCGCGCAGCCAAUCGUGGGAUGAGGGUGGGGCUUAGGUGACGUGUGGCACAGUGUGCUGGCGCAAGAGGUGCGCACUUGGCUGAGGAAGCUGGAGAAGGUGUUGGAGAGCUCAGUGGUGGACCCUCUCAGCCCUGGAGCUUCUCUCUCUCUCUCUCUGUGAACAUCAUGCUAGGGAGAGCACAGCUUUUCUCAAUACACCGCAUUGAGCCUCCAUCCUGCCCCUCUCCACAGGACUGCAGAGGAUAAAGCCCCAUCACCAGAUACUGCUGUAAUCCCCCCAAGUUCAUCAGGCUGUACACUAUGAGCUUGUUCUGGACUUGACUUCAUCAUCUGAUAUUUCAAGGGGUCCUUUUAUUCUGGUGCACCCUCCCCUUAGUACCAUUGCUUAGGACAACAUUUAACCCCCCCAAAAAAGAAAAGAAAAACAGAAAAUGGGGGUGAAUGCUGUCCACUGGUUCAGGAAGGGUCUGCGACUCCAUGACAAUCCAGCCUUGAGGGAGUGUAUCCAAGGAUCCGACACCGUCAGAUGUGUCUAUAUUUUGGAUCCCUGGUUUGCUGGAUCGUCCAAUGUGGGGAUCAACAGGUGGAGAUUCCUUUUGCAGGUGUCUAGAAGACCUGGAUGCUAAUCUGCGUAAAUUAAACUCCCGAUUGUUUGUGAUCCGCGGACAACCUGCUGAUGUCUUUCCUCGGCUCUUCAAAGAAUGGAAGAUCAGCAAGCUGUCUAUUGAGUAUGACUCUGAACCAUUUGGAAAAGAGCGAGAUGCUGCAAUCAAGAAGUUGGCAAGUGAAGCUGGCGUGGAGGUCAUCGUACGAAUUUCACACACUCUCUAUGAUUUGGAUAAGAUUAUUGAGUUGAAUGGUGGGCAACCACCUUUGACUUACAAGAGGUUCCAAACACUUAUUAGCAAAAUGGAGCCACUGGAGAUGCCCACAGAGACCAUUACAACCGAAGUAAUGGAUAAGUGCACCACACCAGUGUCCGAUGAUCAUGACGAGAAAUACGGCGUCCCCUCUCUGGAAGAAUUAGGGUUUGAUGUAGAAGGAUUGCCGUCCGCCGUGUGGCCCGGAGGAGAGACUGAAGCACUGACACGGUUAGAAAGGCACCUGGAGAGAAAGGCUUGGGUGGCAAAUUUUGAAAGGCCUCGCAUGAAUGCCAACUCCCUUCUUGCAAGCACUACAGGACUUAGCCCUUAUCUGCUUGGAUGCCUCUCUUGUCGUCUUGUUUACUUCAAAUUGACAGAUCUUUACAAAAAGGUGAAGAAAAAUAGCUCGCCUCCUCUUUCUCUCUAUGGGCAGCUUCUGUGGCGUGAGUUCUUUUACACUGCAGCCACAAACAACCCACGCUUUGAUAAGAUGGAAGGAAACCCCAUUUGCGUCCAGAUUCCAUGGGAUCGGAACCCUGAGGCCCUGGCCAAGUGGGCUGAAGGCAGGACAGGUUUUCCAUGGAUUGAUGCCAUUAUGACUCAGCUCCGGCAAGAAGGCUGGAUUCAUCACCUGGCAAGACAUGCUGUGGCUUGCUUCCUUACCAGAGGUGACCUGUGGAUAAGCUGGGAAGAAGGAAUGAAGGUAUUUGAGGAACUUUUACUGGAUGCUGAUUGGAGUGUCAAUGCUGGAAGCUGGAUGUGGUUGUCCUGCAGCUCAUUCUUCCAGCAGUUUUUCCACUGUUACUGUCCAGUUGGAUUUGGAAGAAGAACUGACCCUAAUGGGGAUUACAUCCGUCGUUACUUGCCGAUUCUGAAAGGAUUCCCUCCAAAGUAUAUCUACGACCCCUGGAAUGCUCCUGAGGCAGUGCAAAAAGCCGCAAAAUGUAUAAUUGGGGUAAAUUAUCCUAAACCAAUGGUAAACCAUGCCGAGGCCAGUCGGCUGAAUAUUGAACGAAUGAAACAGAUCUACCAGCAGCUCUCCAGAUACAGAGGACUUGGACUUCUUGCAUCUGUGCCUUCAAAUCCAAAUGGAAAUGGGAAUGGUGGACUUAUAAGUUACUCUCCAGGAGACAGUAUGCCAGGAUGCAGCAACAACGGAGGGUCUCAGAUGGGAGCCGGUGACUCCAACAGCAACGCCAAUAACCCCAAUAACAGCCAGGGAGAGCCUCUUACUGGAAUAGGGGGGAUUCAAGGUUAUUGGCAGGGGAGCAGUAUCCUGCAUUACAGCCAUGGAGACAGCCAGCAGUCUUACUUAAUACAAGGGAGGAAUGCUAUGAACUCUGUGGUGUCUUCUUGCAAACGUCCCAGCCCUGAAGAGGAGACUCAAAGUAUUGGACCAAAGGUGCAGAGACAAAGCAGCCAUUAACCUAAUUAUGGAGUUCACCAAGAAAACCUGCAUAUGAUGUUUUUUUCAGUAUUGGACUUUACUGUGUAAAUACCAAAAAAAAAAAA